UUGCCGGGGCCCGCGGCGGCGGCGGCGAUGGUGAAGGAGACGAUCCGGGUGUACGCGCGGGUGAAGCCGCUGGGCAGGCGGCAGCAGGCGGGGAGUUACUCAGUUGAUAAUGAGGAACCUCUGCCCAGUCUGGAGAUCACUGUGCCACGUGACUUAGGAGAUGGGUUCAUCAAUAAUAAACGAGAAAGCUACAAGUUCAAAUUUCAGAAAAUUUUUGAUCAAGAGGCAAAACAAGAUGUGAUUUUUGACAGCAUUGCCAAACCAGUAGCAGAAUGUGUUUUGGCUGGAUACAAUGGUACUAUCUUUGCAUAUGGUCAGACAGGGAGUGGCAAAACUUUUACCAUCACAGGAGGAGCAGAACGUUACAGUGAUCGAGGCAUCAUUCCCAGAACAUUAUCUUAUAUUUUUGAUCAGUUACAGAAGGAUAGCAGUAAAGUGUACACAACUCAUGUUUCCUACUUAGAAAUCUACAAUGAAUGUGGUUAUGAUCUGCUGGACCCAAGACAUGAGGCCUCUAGAAUGGAAGAUUUGCCAAAAGUGACAAUAAUGGAAGACUCUGAUCAAAACAUUCACCUGAAAAACUUGUCUCUUCAGCAAGCAACCAAUGAAGAGGAAGCCUUAAACCUACUUUUCUUGGGGGACACCAACAGAAUGAUUGCUGAGACACCAAUGAAUCAAGCCUCAAGCCGAUCUCACUGCAUUUUCACUAUUCACAUCUCCAGCAAGGAACCUGGAUCUGCAACCAUCCGACGCUCCAAGCUGCAUCUGGUAGACCUUGCUGGAUCAGAACGUGUUGCAAAGACUGGAAUUGGAGGCCAGUUACUGACAGAAGCCAAAUAUAUCAACCUCUCAUUACAUUAUUUGGAGCAGGUAAUAAUUGCCCUUGCAGAGAAAAACAGGUCCCACAUUCCUUACCGAAACUCUAUGAUGACCUCAGUGCUAAGAGACAGCCUGGGAGGAAACUGCAUGACUACCAUGAUAGCAAUGCUUGCUAUGGACAAAAGAAACAUAGGCGAAUCUAUAUCAACCUGCAGAUUUGCACAACGAGUUGCUCUUAUUAAGAAUGAAGCAGUUCUUAAUGAAGAAAUUGACCCCAGAUUGAUGAUUGUCCAGCUGAAAAAGGAGAUUCAGGAUUUGAAGGAUGAGCUGGCGCUGGUGACUGGCAAGCAAAGAACAUCGGAGCUUUCCCAAGAAGAGCUACUUCAGUUGGAUGAGUUAAUUGAAACAUUUCUCAAAGAUAAUGAUCCUGAUAGCUCUCUGGAUGUUGGUGCUGACAUGCGGAAGAUCAAGUAUUCCUUUGUUCAUAUGAAGCAAAUUAUAAAUCAUCCAAUGACUUCAGGUAAUAAACUGCUCUCACAAGACAUCUCUGAAGAAAAAAACAAUAGCGAAGAACUGGAAAAACUGAAAGGACUUCUGCAACAAAGAGACAAUGAAAUCAGUAUCCUUUCAGAAAUACUAAGUUCUCUUUUUUUUUUUUUUUUUUACCUUGGGGCAGGAGGAGAGAUGUCUCUUGGAUGCCAGGAAGCUUUUGAAGUUUUCAAGCGGGACCAUGCUGACAGUAUAACCAUUGAGGACAACAAACAGCUUCUGAAGCAGAGGUUUGAUGAAGCUAAAUGCCUUGGAGGGAAAUUAAAUGAAGUGAGAAAUAAAAUAAACCAUCUGAAAGGAAAGGUAAUCCAGAGGCAGAUACAGAGAGCAGCUCUAGCUGUUUCAAAUCCUUCUGAAGAGCUAACAUUUGAUCCAGUAGAAGAGAAACUUCGAAUGCAAAUUGAAGAAGAAAAAAAAAGCUAUAAAACAGUGUACAGUCGCUUCAAAGGGCUGAAGGUAGAGAUUGAGCACUUGCAGCUUCUUAUGGAAAAAGUGAAGAUGAAGUUGCAAAAAGACUUUGAAAUCUGGUGGGCUGAAGAGGCAAAAAAAUUCCAGCAGGAAAAGUCAGAGAUGGUUACCUCACCAAAUACUGUCACUGUUUAUCCACAGUUUAUCAGAUCCUCACAGCAUCUAUCACCUAUCAGUUUUUCAGACACCAGUAGAGACAGCCCUAAUGAAGAUCCAGCUGUGAAAAAAAAUUCAGUCACUUUUGGUAGCCCAACUUUAAAAACAAGGACUCCACCACCAAGUUCAAGUACAUCUAUUCCUCUGACUGGAGACAGACAGGCUGAUGCUGACAUCCUAGCUUUCAUUAAAGCAAGACAGAACAUCCUGCAGAAGAAAGGCCUGGGGAACAAAUGAAAUUCUUGUCACAGUCCACUAUUUCCUUUUAGAAACA